UUCAUUGUCGUACACGCGUUAAAAUGAACAAUUUGCGGAGAAAAAUUCGUAGCUACCAUGUAACGUCGUACGAAGUUUUAUUCAGUACGCUUGAAGAGUUGCUAACAAAUAAUGACGUUACUUACAUAUCGCUUUGGCUCGUGUUAUUUAUCGUUGUACUUAUGUCAAGUCUAAUCAUACUCUUGAAAAGGAAACACGACACGGUGUUCUCGCAACCCGAGGUAGCUCCUCCGGAGCUGGUUAAUCGAUAUGUCGAUAUUAUUCACUCCGAAGACGAUAGUUCCAAGUUUAUAAACUAUAAAAAGCUAUUAGUACAGUUACAUCAUACAGCCAGUAGAUGUUACGAUACUUGCUAUGCCUCAAAAUGCAUUAGGCUAGUAAGGGAUUGUCCGUAUUUGAUAAACGUGAGCCUUGAACCAAGCGGACUUACCCCUUUUCAAUUAGUGUGUUAUAACGGUCAUACAUGUUUAGUGGAGUACAUGUUGGCUAAAGGCGCUAAUCCAUGGCUGGCAACGCAGUCUGGUGAAAAUGCACUCUGCUUAGCAGUUUAUCACUACCUAAAACACCCAGAAAGUAAAGAUUUAUUGUGCCUGGAUGUAUUGUUUAAUUCAGGAUGCACUUUGGACCCAAAUAGUCGCUGUUUUAAGGUAAUCUUAAAAAUGGCAACACAAGGUUGUCACAAACGUCUGACCGAGUGGAUAUUGGUGCACACUAAGGCUGCCACAUAUGAUUACAGAUCUAUGUCAGUUCCUGUAGUUCUUGAAAAUAUUCAGGUCUAUUCUAAAUAUAAACCUUCGUUUAGACAUUGAUUCUAUUGUAGUGUACAGCCAUAAUUAAUAUUAAGGAGGUUUAACACCUACUGGUUUUACUUAAUAAAAAGUUUUGGAUGGUCAUGUCACCAGUUUUAGCCAUUAAUUAUUCGCCAUUUACACACUGCUUGAAUAAUUCUCGUUCAUCAUAAAAUAUU